UGGUGGGGGGGGAAAAAUAUAAAUCAUGAACUUGUCGGAGUCCGUGUGGCUCUUGGAGGAGCCGUGGAACCUCAGCAGAGCGGAGGAAGAGGACGAGAAACUUUUAUUCGGGAUCGGCACGGAUAACUUCAUCACGCUGCUGGUGUUCGGGCUCAUCUUUUCGCUCGGGGUGCUGGGCAACUCCAUGGUGAUCACCGUGCUGGCCCGGAGCAAACCGGGCAAACCGAGGAGCACCACAAACAUAUUCAUCCUCAACCUGAGCAUAGCAGACCUGUCCUACCUGCUCUUCUGCAUCCCGUUCCAGUCCACCGUCUACAUGAUGCCGACGUGGGUCUUAGGCGCCUUCAUUUGCAAAUUCAUCCACUAUUUCUUCACCGUGUCCAUGCUGGUGAGCAUCUUCACCCUGUCGGCCAUGUCCGUGGACCGAUACAUCGCCAUCGUGCACUCCAGAAAGUCCUCCUCUAUCCGGGUGGCGAAGCAUGCUUUGAUCGGGGUGGUGGUGAUUUGGAUACUCUCUCUGGCCAUGGCCGCGCCGGUCAUGUAUUACCAGAACAUCUUCCACAGAGGAGAGAAUCACACCUUCUGCUGGGAAGUGUGGCCCCCGAACCAGAAGAAAGUCUAUGUGGUUUGCACGUUUGUGUUCGGUUAUGUUCUGCCUCUGCUGCUGAUUUCCUUCUGUUACGCAAAGGUUUUAAAUCACUUGCACAAAAAACUAAGAAAUAUGUCCAAAAAGUCAGAGGCUUCAAAGAAAAAGACUGCUCAAACCGUCUUGGUUGUGGUGGUGGUGUUCUGCCUCUCCUGGCUCCCUCAUCACGUCGUACACCUGUGGGUGGAGUUCGGGACCUUCCCGCUGAACCAGGCCUCCUUUGUGUUACGGGUGGCCGCCCACUGCCUGGCGUACAGCAACUCAUCCGUCAACCCGGUCAUCUACGCCUUCCUGUCGGAGAACUUCAGGAAGGCCUACAAGCAGGUGUUCAAAUGCCAGAUCGGCACCAGUGACUCCCCGCUCAACGACGUCAAGGAGAUCCGCAGCAAAGCGGACACGCCACCCUCGACUAACUGCACCAACGUCUGAUAGACAAGGUGUGGACUGUGACAUGAAAAUGAAUUAUGGCGACUGUCCCGCUGAAACGCAAUGUAAAGUCACGGGGACAGAGCCAUCAGACGUGAGUGGGUGUGUGUGGAUCUUUUCUUGUAGGUAAGUAUGGUUGCUUGGAUACUACUACAGCCAUACUGUUCCACAUGAGCGCUGUUCAUUAAACCUGGACCGGAGUAGGUAAAGCCACUGUGGCUGCAGGGCAUGAUUACUCCCUCUUUGAUCAGUCUCUGUUUCCUUCUUUCAUGAUAAAAGUCUGAAGUCUGAAAUUCAGGAAAAUGAUCCUCUCUCCUAAACAUAUUUUGAUUGUAGACAUAUUUCAGAUCACUAUAUAUUUACAAGCCAAUACAUAAAUAAAUACGUGGUUGUUGUACUUUCAGACAGACAGAAGUAUAAAAAAUUUCAAGACUAUUAAUGUAUCAUAUUGAGUCAAGUAAAACUGUUGUUUGAAUGUGUGUUUUCUGUCUGAAGAACAGUGUUGGAAAUUGUGAAGUAACAUUUCAACAGAAUUGUGAUUACUUUCUUUUUAAGGAACGAGUAAGAGAAAAUAUUUUUUAAUUCAGUAAUGAUUACACCAAUUAAUCCCAGUCACGCUCUGUUACUUUGUCGAUUCAAGGGUUGACUUGUUUGCUUUCUUUCCAGGAACUAUAGAUGGUUGGAUGUGCGUCCAGUGGAGAAACUGGUCAUCUUAGCUUGGAUAGCUUGAUGCAGGUAGAAAUGCGGCUCCUGGUAACUCCAAAUUUGUUGUAAAUGUACAUGUUGUAAAUUCAGACAAUCUACAUGUGGUAAAUUAAACUUAGCUGAUACUGUUAUUCACUUCAGAGUUGGAGGGCACAUCAACGUGACAGCAGUGGCCGGUUUCAUAAAGAUAGAAUUAGUCUUACUAAAAGUCAGACCUCAGGUAACUGUCUUAAAGUAUGCGAUGCACAAAGUUGUUGACUAUCUUAAAGAUGACUGAUUUGUCAUAAGUUUUGGGUAAAUUAAGACCAAAAAACACGAACAUCUCCCCUCACUUCAGUAGUUUGCCCUUCUGGAGAAAUUCAAAAGUUACAAGGACGUUUUACUUGGGAAAAUUCUGAUAAAUGUAAAAUAAAAAACAUUUCAAUAGCAUGGAAUCUCAACGCACUGCAAAGCUUUAGAAUAGCUGGUUGGCAAGGCAAGGGCUCAGUACUUCUGCUUACUCAUCUUGCAGGCUCUUGAUAGUUUUCUUGGACAAACAAAAAGGACUGGCGAUGUCCUCAGUGUGGUAUAUUUCCAACAGGUUACCGUGCUCUCUAUAAUCUCUGUCUGCUUCUCGGUGUUCACUCAACAACACUGUCAGAAGACAACAAAACAUGAGCCAUGUUUUCCAUGUCACUUGGUGCCAGCAUUUUGCAGAACUGUGCAUUAUAGAGCCCAGAUUAUAUUAUUCAUAUUAUAUAUUAAUACUUUCCGACCCUCUCUCCACUGUAAUGUGAAUACUUAUUUAGUUCUGGUAGGACGGGUCCCCUUAAAGGUCUUAUUUACUAGAAACCGACCCCCUGGACACUUUACUGUAGGCUGACCCCUUGUUAAACAACAACAACAACAACAACAACAACAACAACAACAACAACAACAACAACCGUGACUCACUUUUCCAUUUCUACAUAUUAAUUUCAGAAGAUAUGUGUGUUUGUGUGUGUGGAGUUUUGGAGUUGUUAACAGGUAUAUCGGAGCUGUUCUAAGUAUCUAAACUAAUAUAAAGAGUAAUUGAUUACAUUUUUCAGUUAACUUACCCAGCACUGCUGACAAAAGGUCGCCACUGUAGAAAAGAAAAAAAAAAUAACAUUGUCAUUGUACCCAGUAUGAUUAAAGCCUGAUGUUUCUUAAUAUUAUGAACACUAAAGUUGAUAUUCACGUAUGCCUCACUCUAUUUUUGGCUGUUAUUUCACGUCAACAGUUUUCAUAUUAUGUCGUGCUGUACGACUGAGCCAAGCUGUUGGUCAUACAAAGCUUGUUGCUUGUUUUGCACCCUUUCUAGUAGCCAUCUUUCUAACCACCAAAAAAAAGGUGAUCCUGUGGAAAUUAAGAAUUCUUAAGUUGUUAUGCUAUAUAUAUGUAUGUAUGUGAUGUGCCAAGCCUCCACACAGCAGCUUUUACCUCAAUAUAACAAGAUCAUUAAAACUAAACAAUACAAGACCUUUAAGCCAGCCCCGGAAAAUCAUACAGUAUUUUAUGUACAUCUUCGGAGUUGAGUUCAUGGUGGACUUUUAGCCUGUGGUGAGGCAACGAGGUGUUAAGGAGGGGAGUGAGUCUGCUGCAGCAACUUCAUCCAGAGAGGAGGAACUCAUCACUGUUAUCAGCAGACUUUCAUCCUCCCUGUCAGCGAGGAUCUCAGAUAUGAGAGUCAAGGACUGUUUCCGUACAGGAGAUGCUGUUGAUGACUUGCUGACUAUAGUGCUGAUGGGGCAGAUGGUGAUGCUCAUCCAUGCCCACACAGGACUGAGGACGUUUUUUAAAGGAGGCAUGUGCAUGAGAAUGAAAUCCAAGUGGUGCCAGGGUAAUGUGAAUUAAUGAAAUGUUUGCAGCAGACGAUACAGAUGUGGAACACAAAAAGAGCGUUGUUUCCUAAACACCCAUAUAAAGAGCACAUGAACAAAAGCAUGUCUUUUCAGCAAAACACUUCAGAUUACCCACAAAUUACAGUGUAAUUAUUUACUAUAUAAAAGGUAUGAUUUUAAUACUAAUUUAUGGAUGGAUUACUGAAAGAGCCGCCCUGGCCUUCAUCUACAAAAUAUCCCUCAAAGUGACACAUCCUGACCAAGAAGAGACUCAAAAUGAUCACAAAGAAACAUAAAAUAACUACAAAGAUACACAAAAAGACCAGAACAACUCCAAAGAGAUGCAAAACAGCUGCAAACAGACUCAAAGAGACCAAAAAGAAACUCACAGUCACUAUGAAACGGGGCAAAACAACCACAAAAAGACACAAUAUGACUACAAAGAGACACGAAUCAACCUCAAAGACACAUACAAUGAGAAACAAGCAUCUGUCAAGAGAAUAAAAAUUACAACAAAGGCACAUAAAGCAACUACAAAGUCACUUUUUAUUUUUUAAAUUAUGUCUUAUACUAUUGCAGUGUGUUUAUUGUUGUGCACCAAUCACAAAGCCAUAUCCACGUACUUGGCAAUAAACUGAUUCUGAUCCUACAAAGAGACCCAAAACAACUAUAAAGAGACUCAAAAUGAUGACAAAGAGGCAUAAAGCAACUACAAAGAGGCAUAAAGCAACUACAAAGAGACUUAAAUUACUACAAAGCGACACAAAACAACCAUAAAGACUCACAAAACAACUACAGGAGACUCCAAAUGAAGAGGCGCAAAAUCACAGAGAGAUGAGUUUCAACCUCAAAGAGACACAAAAUGAAUAUAAGGAGAUACAAAACCACAGGGAGAUACGUAACCACUACAAAGCCCAGGUACCUAAUGUCUCAUAUUCUGCAAAUGACCGAUACCUAUACCAAGACACAUAUGUAAGCACAUAGGAGGAAGUGAUAAAAGGAAUAAAGGGGGAAUGAAUUUGUGUUUGAGAAUGACUACUUAGAAAUAAAUUACACUGUGCGUAUUUCUUUAAUUACCAGGAACCCAUUUAAUAAUUACAGAGUACAGUGAUAUUAUUACUGGGGAAAAAGGACACAAGCGAAAUGAGGAAAACAAAAUAAAAUGCAAUAUGCAGCAUUACUUUUUUUGGCAUAGUUACACAGUACCGUUGAUCAACCCAACAAGUACUGUUUCGCAAAAAUAAAAAAAUAAAAAAUGUAGAUCUCAUUGUUAAAAUAGAUGCUGAAAAGUAAGGAGAAUUUAGUUUUUGGUAUUUGGUAGUCCAUAUGAUAAAAAUAUUCACACUGUAAUUUGUGGUUUAUAUUCUAAAGUGUUAACUUUAGGUUCGCAGAUACAACUUUCAAGAUAUGAUUUCGGUUUAAAGUGCUAAAAAGAAGAGAAAAAAAUAUUUUAACAUGACAUUAACAAAUAUGUGAAAGCAAUCACACUGAGCUUGCCCUUGACAGGGGGCAUGGGAUAAAGGUACUCCAUCUUAGUGGAGGUUUCUUAAGGGAUUCACUUUUUAUUUGUUGAUUUAUUCAUUGACUUGAUGAUACUCUUUGUACAGCUUUUCAGUGCUCUGUGUUUUACUGAGGUGGUCCUGGUGUGUCUUUUUAAUCUUGUUACCUGUAUUGAUUCAGCUGUGUCGUUUAAAUCAAAUGAUUUACCAGAGGAGGAAAAAGAAGAUUGUUUUGCCUGUUUAAUCUUUCUGUGCUUGAAAAUGCAACGUGUAAGAAAAAAAGCCUCUCUGAAAUACUACAAUUCUAUUAAACUUCGUGGCAUUUCCUUGAAGAUUUCUUGCUAUUCCAAUACCUGCUUUGCAUUAUUUUAAAUGUGUGUUUUAAUAAAUGA